UAUCAUAGAAUUGCUUGGAAACACCAAUUGCUUGAAAGUUACAGUAAGUCAGUGGUUUUUAAGUAAAGAUCUCUUAGGCCAUACAACAUCUACUAGGAAGUUGGAAGAUUUCUGAGAGAGAUUUGGGCAAAAAGAAUAAAUCACUCAAGCAAUUCUGUGCUAAAAGAGUCAGGUUUUUCUGGCAGUUAAUCUAAAACAAAUACACUUUGAGUGAUUCUUCUGAGGUUGACUUUCUGAGAAUGACACACAGUUCUAAUGGGGAAACUGGUUUUUAUUUUUUGAAGAAAAUGUAUGGCGACCUAGAUGUCCUGUUCCUGACAGAUGAAUAUGACACGGUUCUGGCUUAUGAAAACAAGGGCAAGGUGGACCAGGCAACUGACAAGACAGAUCCUUUAAUGGACACCCUGAACAGCAUGAACAGGGUCCAGCAAGUGGAACUUAUUUGUGAAUAUAAUGACUUGAAGACUGAACUUAAAGACUAUCUCAAGAGAUUUGCUGAUGAAGGCACGGUUGUUAAGAGAGAGGACAUCCAGCAGUUCUUUGAAGAAUUUCAGUCAAGAAAGAGAAGAAGAGUGGAUGGGAUGCAGUAUUAUUGCAGCUAGACUGGAGUAUGGCGCCUUCUCAUCCCCGCCAAUGAAAAGGCCGCCUCCUGUUCCGGGAAUAAAAGAGGCAGAUUUCCCCAUUGGUCCUCUUCCUGGCCUCUCUUGGAGAGGCCCCUUCUCUGGCCUCCAGCUCCCUUCACUCUCCUUAACUACAGUAGCCACACUGUUUAUGCUGAUUUCACAACCAGCAUUCUUCUUUCCGCCUCAGCUCAAAGCAGCUCAUUCCACAGACUUCAGUCCCCAUCCCGCCCCCAGUCCACCCAGGGCUAUUUACUUAGAAGUUUUAAGAAGUUUGCUUUGGUUUUGAGAAAGUAGUUUCUUUCCUAAUGAUUUGCUUUCACUCCCGAAGGUCUGCUCUGCCACAGAGCUGUCGUCUUCCAGGACCUGCUUUGGGGCAUCACUGAAGCUCUCUUCCUGUCAGCUAGACCCACUAUAGGUCCCCUCGCCCCUGUGACCGUGGUGCCUUGGGUCAAAGCUUCCUCAAGCCUGGUCACCUCCCACGUCCCUGCUUUCUGAGGUUUGGUCAUGGCAUACGAGGGAUCUCGGAACUCGUUUCCUUUGGGCCCAACCUCUGGAGUAGCCGGGACCGAUGGUUUUCAGGGCUAGGAUUGAGGAAGCCAACCUUUGUUAGGAAUUUUACUACCCAAUUUCAAGUGAAAAUUUCAUUCACAAUUCUGCUGGCACUAGAAUAUUAGCAUUUCAGAACUGUGGUGCUCACAGGGCUUCCUGGAGAGAACGUGCCAGUACUGAGUCCCUCUUCUGCUGCCUAGAAAACAGACCGAUGCUACCCUGUGAGAUCUCAGUGGUUUACAGAGUCCUCUGGGUUUCUUUAUAUUAUCAGGGAUAUUCAUAAGCAUAUAUUGAAAACAGACCUAUUUUGAUAUUGUUCUGUUAGGAAAAUGUUAUUAGAACCCCAAUAAAUUAUUUUUUCCCCUUAAAUUGUUCUGGAGAAAAAAGAUACUGGCUUAGCUUACUUGUAGUGAGCAGGGCAGUGAGUGCUCUUUUUGGGGAGAGGCAGACCGUGUGAAGAGAUUUCAAACAAGGCUCUAGGCUGCGCGAAGGAUGCGCUUUGUGUAUAUAAGCGGUAACACCCAUAGCUGGUUCCCUAAUGACAGAUCUUUUGAAGAACCUCAUGGAAUGUUGUAUAAAACCCCGUAUUUGAGGGGAAGUCCUUUCAGUUGGUUUGAAUUCUCUUUAAAGUCCCUCGGUCCAUGUGGAAAACACCUUUUGAUAAACGGAGCCCUCAGUUGCUGUCUCCCUCUGGAGGGACAAGGUCUUUCUGACAAUAGAUGACCCACUUGGAGGUAUGUGACUACAAGCACUUGAGGCAUUGGGACCACAAGUGUACAUUAAUAUUCCUUUGUGUGUUGAGUGGUCACUUAUAUGAGUGCCCACUGAUCGCUGUGUGAGAUGAACUCAGCUUACAGGAAGUCAAGGCCUCAAAGAAAUAGUCCCCCGUUUUCUGCAUCACGCCUCCCAAUGCAGACCCUCAGGAAGAGUGAUGUGUGGAGCUGGAAGAUGCUCGUGUGACCUGAGCUGGCCUUGGAGAAAAAGGGUAAACAGGCUGGACUGGAAAGCUCGGCAUUUUUGAGAUUGUUUCCAGUCCCCAGCUUGGGGACUGUUCCAAGUCAGGAUCUUUACACCCCCUUCUGCAAGGCUGCUCUGCCGUUGUGACCUGAAAGUGUAUGUCUUCUCAAAUGUUUGAACUACCAGAAAGUUCCUUAUGACAGGUCAGGACCACGUCUCAGAGGUGACACAUUACAGCACAAUAGCACAGGUCACCAGCGCUAAAAGGCUUGUUUGAUGAAAGGCACUUCCUUUUACAUUAACCAGAAAACCUCUUUUUUUACCUAUUGUUCACAACUGGGUUUCUUACUGUAUUGGGCCAUCUCUUCUUGUAGAGACUGAUUUUGGCCAAUGUGUGGCAGUUCAUAUUAAUGCAUGUUUUAUGCAAGAGAAUAUGGUAUUAGUUGCUUUUAAGGAAUUCUGGCAUUGUAUGUGCAUUUUUGUAGACUUGUUACUGGACUUAUAAUUACAUACUAAACCCCAAUCAGGUUUCUGUAAAAUUAAAUAAAAGCAAUUCAGAAUAGUG